AAGAUAAGUAGAUUCUAUAUAUUCACAUCACCAGUGUGCCGGUGCACCAAAUGUGAGAAAACCAAAGUGUCAGUGAACAUCAUAACAGACAUACACAAUGUGUGUUGGUAUUUUAACAACAGUGUUUGCAACUUUUGUAUUUCUCUCAUGUGGAGAGAUCGUACAAACUGACAUGACAACGGCAUCACGUGAUAGCAGGGCUGUGAGCCAAUCACCUAGUUGUGAGUCACAAGUUUGUCAGUCUCUAGAGACGUUGGUGGGAAGUAUUGCGGCCGAUAUUCUUUGCAUAAAAGAAAACCUAAAAGUAAUUGAUUUUAAGCAUCAGUUACAAGAAGGUAAUGAACAAGUCUGUCUAAACAAGCUUCAAGAACAGCAAGGUCAGGUUCUGGCGAUUCAAAACAAGCUACAAGAGCUACAAAACAAUGUUCAAGAUAAUCUUAAGAAUACGAUGCUAUCGGUGUUGCAGAUGAUUUUGCCGGCUAAACUUCCCAGGCUUGAGAUGUGUAAAAGAAAUCAACCAGCUAUCACAAUCACUAAAUAUUUAGCUGUCCUCAUUAUGAGAGACAUGGAACAGACCUGGUGCGAUACGGUUACUGAUGGUGGAGGAUGGGUCGUCAUUCAGAGACGUGUAAGCGGUGGCGUUGAUUUCAACAGAACGUGGAACGAAUAUAAACAGGGAUUUGGCGUAAUAUCUGGUGACUUUUGGCUUGGGAACGACUUGAUUUCACAGCUGACUAUGAAGGGUUACAACGAGCUAAGAUUUGACAUGAAGUUUAAAGGCAAAGACUACUAUGCUGUGUACAGAGGUUUUAAGGUAGAAAAUGAAGCAGCGCAGUACAAAAUGACCUACACGUCAAUGAGUGGUGGGAACGUUGCGGAUGAUUUCAAAGAGAACAACGGCAUGAAAUUCACGACCUUGGAUCGUGAUAACGAUAGGUUUUACGCUAACUGUGCAAUAACGUAUAAUACUGGUGCAUUUUGGUGGAAUGAUUGUGGGAAAGUUAGGGUCAACGGUGAUUGGGCAAGUAAAGUAUGGGAUAAGGAAAUGCAUUGGCGCAGCGUUACAGAUGCUUAUAACUCUCUGGAUUUUGUUGAGAUGAAAGUUCGUCUUAUGUAAUCGGACUGAAUUUCACUGUACAAUAAAUCUGGGUCC